ACUAUUUUUGCAUAGCGCCCUCUUUCGAGUAGAGAACUAACGAAAAUCGAGUAUCGAUUAAUAGCUAGAAACCGUUCGAGGUUUGAACAAUGGCGGCGAAGAGGAACGACGGUGCCGAUUCCGUUAUCCUCAAAUGGAAGAUCGACGACAAACCCGUCAAAGUAGACAAAUGGGACGGAGCUGCAGUUAAAAACGCUCUAGAUGACGCCGUUAAAAAGGUUUUCAAAGAAAAAUUUAAGCUGAAAGAAAAUCACCGACUGAUGGAUGGCAGAUUGAUCUUCUCCACCGUGGCCGUGUCGGCCGCCACCUUCGCCCUCCUCUGGGAUAUUUUUCACCCCUUUCCCGAAUCUCGCUCCGUUCUGGUCUGCUGCGUCGUUCUGUAUUUUAUUUUGAUGGCGGUUCUCACUACUUAUACCACAUUUAUCGAGCAGGGAAUUUUUCUAUUAGCAGUAGAUCGAGACCCGUCGGGUCUCGAUCCGGAUCACAAGUGGACGGCUAGAUCCUGUCUGAAGAGGUACGACUGGUAUUUAAUUGGCUAUGGUGUCCUUUCCGUUUUCUUUAAUAGGUUCGAAGUAUUAUUGUCGAAUUUUACCCUUUUUAGAUUCAGCGACAAUUAUAAUUUACUGAUUACGUUUACGGACGGCAAGACGAACGAAAUGAGAGAAUCCAAGCUGUCCAAGUCGGUGGGCAACUGGUUCGACGAAAACGGUAUCCUCCUCUACGACUUAUUCGAAUUGGAAGUGUGUAAACUUCACAACGAAUUACUUACCGAUAAAAAACAAAAAUAAUUUUUCUCUACCUAUUCCACGCCUGUCGUAAC